UUGGCGUCACUGUAAUAAGUGGCAUGUGAAAAAUAUUGAAGAAAAUUCUACAUAAAGAUCAAAGUAGGGUUGACCGUCGAGUUAUUAUUAGUAGAGCACGGAUAAGAGCAGGAAUAACCUGCUAAAGCAGACGGAUAAAAGAGCAAUGUCGUGCGACGCGUGUCUAUUAAAUUGUAAAGUAAUAACAUACUUCACUGACACAUAACCUUAUCUUAGAAGAAUAAAUCGCGGUAGAAUCCGAACGAGAAUAUUUCGAAUACUCAAAUAAUCGCAGUGCACGACAAUCAGACGUUGCGCUGUCCAAGGGUAGUGAACGAAGCGUAAUAUUUCCUUGUAGAUAAUCCCGUCAUUCCGUUUCAAACGUAGCACAGGUAGCAGAACGAUAUCUCUGUUAGAUAUAUGUGUACACAAGUAUCCAGACAUAUAGCUUAUAAUUAUAUACGGAUAAUUGCCUAUGCAGUGAACACGCCCCUUAAGUUCCCGCAAUAAAUAGACUUUUUUAUUCGUUCGUAAUACAGCCCGUUACACGCAGCUGAUUCAAAACCUGAAAGUAUACGAAAAAAUAAUGAAAUGUCGAGUCUUACGAGUCUGUCAACCCCCUUGAUGGUUAAUACUCCGAACAAAAAUUAUUUCCGUAUUCAAACUGUCGACAAAUGUCCGUUUAAAUCUUCCGCAACUACAGCGUCCAGAAACCCAUUGGAAAAGAUAAUUGCAUUGAGUAUUAAUCGUCGAUCACGUGCAGGGAGGAUUGAUGUAAGGAAUAAGGAAAACGAAAAUUACGAAACGAAGUGUUUAAAUGUGUCCAAAGUGGUUCGUGUCAUUAAUUUUUUCUUUGUGGAUUUCACUUUGUUUGACAACAAGAUACAAAUGAUGAAGAAUAAUUUAAGGAACAUUGUAUCCUUGGCUAGACUAUCUUUAGUCUUAGCCACGCUCUCUAUUGUUAUCCAAUUGCUACCUUUGACUGAGGCCGCUGAACCCCUGGGUAAUCCGUAUGAAAUUUUGGGAGUAUCUCGACACUCUACCAUACAGGACAUACGAAAAGCUUACAAGCACCUUGUCAAGGAAUGGCAUCCCGAUAAAACAGAUCAUCCAGCUGCGGAAAAUAAAUUCGUUGAAAUUAUCAAGGCUUACGAGCUAUUAACUGAUCCAGAGAGGAGAAAAAAGUUUGACAAUUACGGCAUCACUGACGAAGGUAUGCCGCGGCAAAGACGUGACACCAGCCACGUCAACAUGCCUGAUCCAUUGGAAGAUUUAUUUGGAGGAAAUUUCAGAUUCCAUUUCCAGAAUCGAGAUAUCACACUCUUCCAUAAAAUGAGCAUCAGUUAUCGAGCAUUUGAAAAUGGAAUCGUUUCAAAGAGCUAUCGAAACCCGCAGUUCAUUCUAUUUUACUCCGAUUGGUGUUUUGCCUGUCUUCAAGUAGAGCCUACUUGGCGUCGAUUAAUGGAUGAACUAGAACCAUUAGGUGUUGGAUUAGCAACAGCACAUGCGGAGAAAGAACCUGCAUUAGCUCGAAAACUUGGCAUACAUUCAUUGCCAUGUUUGACUGUUACUUUUGAUGGACGCGCAAGUGUUUACAAAGAGUCAUUGUUUAGUGUUCAAAAAGUUGUUGAAUUCCUGAGGAGCAAAUUUCCGUACAAGUUGGUGCAGAAUAUAAAUGAGAAUAACGUAGACACUUUUCUGUCCGGGUGGUUGGAUAAUAGGAUUCGAGCACUGGUAUUUGAGAGGCGAGAAUCUGUCAGACUGCGAUAUCUUCUCAUGGCUUUUCAUCACAGAGAUAGAGUUGCUUUUGGAUUUGUCCAGGUGGGGAAAUCUGAGACUACCUCGAUCACAUUGAAAUACAAAGUCUCAGGAGAUCUUGACACACUGUUGCUGUUCAAUGAAAAUUCGGAGAAGCCAGUCGCUUGUGUUAGCAUGAAAGACAUACCCAGUGAAACAAUGCAUAACGUCAUUGCAAAUAAUAAGUUUUUAACACUCCCCAGGCUCUCUAAUCAGGCUAUGCUAAACUCUGUUUGUCCUCCAGAAUGGCAAAGACCUCGCAAGCGUUUGUGUGCCAUUUUAAUUUCUCAAAACAGUCCUCUGCAUGAUGCAGCUAGGCAUAAAUUUAGACAGGCAGCAUUAGAAUCGCCCUACAGCAUAGAACGAGUAAGAUAUACAUACGUGUACAAGGAAACACAGCCAGAAUUUGUCUCGGCACUAUCUAGCGGUGAAGGGAGUCCACUGGAACCGCUUUUACAUAUUGUUAUAAUUUGGAGGCGUGACACUAACCAUUUGAAAUAUGAAUGGUUACCAAAUGGAUGGUUCGUAACAACCCAAGGUGAUGCACAGUGGAAUGAAACCCGACAGGGCUUGGAACAAACUAUACAAAGAUUACUACGUACCUCUGAAGCAUUGCCAUAUGCUGCGGAGGUAGGAGAAUUGACUGACGAACACGCACAGGGUACUGUUGGUAGACUGAUUGGUAGAGCAUUAUUGGCAGUGGAUUAUCUUUCAGAUAAUUUAAGCAAGGAGCAAUUGUUGCCCUUACUGUCAGUGUUGGCUACGUUAUUGCUGAUUGGAGCUGCUGGUUACGGAAUGUCUCAUUUAUUGACAUUGGAAGAGGCUAGUGUUCAGGCAAGACGUGCUGAGUACAAGCAAAACACAAAACCACUUCCAACACAGCCACAGCUAAGAUUGCAUGAAGUAAGAGCUGAAAAAUACAAUGGUCUCGUACGCCUCUUAAAACCAGGUUGUCGAACUAUCAUACUACUAGUUGAUGCUCAGAGUAGAUUGAAACUCCUACCAGUUUUUCACAGAGCUGUGUGGCCUUAUAGAAAAAAUAAGACCUUAAUGUUUGGACACUUAUCAUUGGAACGUGGACUAGAGUGGUACAAAAAAAUUUUAUCCCUAAGCUUACCCGAACAAAGAGAGCUCAACAUAAAUCCUAAGAAUUGUGUCGGAACCGUGUUAUCUUUAAAUGGUCAUCGGAAAUAUUUUUGUAUGUACCAUGCAAAGCAUCCGGAAUGCAGUAAAGGAAAAGGCUUUAAGCGCAUGGAACGAAUGACCAAGCAGUUGAGUCUGAGAUCAGAUGAUGCAGAAGCUGGCGCUUUUAUCGGAUUCGACAGUUCCAGUGACUCUGACGCAUCCUAUGAGGAGGCAAGGAAUGAUGUUUUAUAUCAAGAUAAACUACUUGAUGGGUUACCAAUGUGGCUUGAUCGGUUGUUCGAAGGGUCAACGCAUCGUUAUUACUUAAAUUAUUGGCCGGAUUUCACUGCCAAGUAAAUGAACAGUUACUACCUAACACCGAAAAAAUGUAUGCCUUUAUAAUGAUAUACCUUAUUGAUUCUAGUCAACUAUAGUCUCACUAUAGUAAGAACACGAUAAAAUCUCUUAUUUCAAGAAUGUAUGGAUUGUGCUGUGCAAAAGACAAAUUAUUUAUAUUUAGUUAAUGUUCUUAUAUCUAUAUUGUGGGAAUGAUUUUGCACUUUCUCCAGCAUAGCUACAUGACUUCUAUGCGGAAUUAUGAACAUAGGAAAUAACACAGGGAGUAUUCUUUGGCGUAAUACGUGGCGCAUUUUAAAGACUAGACAGGAGUUCAAAUACGUAAGAAAAUUUUAACCAAAUACCACCGUUUUCACUGUUACAAAGAAAGAUGGAAUUACUGUUUUCGGGUUCAGAUUUUAUUUUUACCGCAUUGACCAAAGUACCAAAGACUGAAAAAAUGGGCAUACUUAUUGAACAUAUUAUUGAAUCUCCUGCAUAUAAGUGAAAUUGAAUUAUAUAUAUUUUUCUUCAAUAGCGGUGCGGAAACGCUCGUUUUUGCUCCGUUCGGGAGGAUCGAAAACGGGCGAUUUUGGGUCGGUGAAACGCGGAGGAUUGAAAACGUUUCAUGAUUUGUUAUUGAUUAUAAUAUUUUUAAUUCGAUUUGAAAUCAAGUUUUCAGUUCCAGUAGUAAAAUAAUCUACGUUUCCAUUUUCUUGUUGAACACAGUAUAAGUUAAAAAUUCUAUAAAAAAUUCAGAAUCAUGUCGCAGGGCUUACUUAUGGGUCUUCGUGAAGAAUGUGAGAAAAUGGACAUUAAAUAUGAGCGAUUAGAUUUAAAAUAGGAAGCUUUAUCUCGAUAGUGUUCGUUUCAAAUAAGAAAUGUAAUGAAAAUUGAGAAAUUCGAAAAAAUACGAUAACCAGAGUCAUUUUAAGUAUGUAUUCUCAAGAAUUUUCAAUGAAAUGUAGGUAUAACUUUUAAAUCCUGGUUAUAGUCAAGUGAGGGGGGCUUCGCCUCCUGGAUCCUCCUCUUUUGCCUCCGUUAGCCCUUGCCCACAUUGCCAAACUAAAUCUGGUGAUUUGCACCGACCUGAGAAUCACCCGCCAUGCAAAAACUUGCGUUCGCUCCACUGUUAAAGAAAAUAGUAUGUGGACCUCGAGAAAAAUCGGGCUUUGUACCUUAUUAUAGAGUUGAGUAUCUCUGAGCUUUGUAUGUGGUGCGCAAACGCCCGUUUUUGCUCGAGGUGCACAAUGUACUAUUAACUACCAACUAUUUAUUUAAGUUAAAUAUCAGAAAAAAUCUGUUAUCUAGUCAAUAACUAAUCCAAGCUGUCCUUCUUGUCUAGUCUUGAAUGUUACAUUAUUAGGUUAUUGAGCAAAAGAUUUUUAAAAUAUCAAUGCAGACAAUUCAGAUAUAUCCUGCAUGUGGUUUUCUUUGUACCAAAUAUAGUAAUUUAUAUUGCAAGACUAAUAGAAUCUCAAGGUUUUUUUUUUUUCGAGUCUACGAUUCCGUUUUUACAAAGAUCUUAAUGGGAUUGAAAAUCUUGAGAAUAAUGAUUUAGGAAAUUAUUCGCGUAUGAAAAGAGUAAUUCUACAAUCUAUAUCACAUCUUUGAUAUUGCUAGCAAAUAUUCUCAACUGAAAAUCUGUGAUAUUGAUUUUUGAAUUAUCUUGCAAAACUCUGUUUUCAGUUAAUUUAUAACAGCUAAGCUUUUAACUUUGUAGCCGUUAACUUUUAACUAAGUCAUAACUACUAAAUUUUUAAUAAGAUUUAUAACUUUGCAACUUGCCAACAAACCAACACUGCGUGAUGGCAUCUUUGACCUUGAUCGUCAAAUACACAGCAAUGUGCAUGCCUAUCGUGGCACCUAUUGUCUUGGCGAAACCUGCAUAUAAAUAAUGUAUUAUUUUGAAUUAUUAGUUCAUCCGCAUUUAAUCUAUGACGAGUUAAGCACUGUUACAUACACAUACAUAUGAAAACUAGGAUUUUGAGAAAAUCAUUCGUUACUGUAUAGGUUUGAUUGAAGCAGUGAAUGAUCUGUUUGCUUGCAACAAGAAAAACAGGCUAUACACAUAUUACAGUAAUUAACUGAUAACAGUUUUAUAACAAUCAAUAGAUUCAUCACAAGUCGAAUACCUAAUUUUGCACUAAUUACUUACUGCUGUGAUAAAUAAGCUAGGAGCUUUUAGCUGUGAAGAUUCCUACCAACGUAUCAUAGGAUAGCAAUUAGAAAAAUUGGUAUCAACUUGUAGCUUAAACUUGGAUAACGACAGCAUCUAGAAAUACAUAGCAAAAUCACGUAUGUAACAUGAAAACAAUACGCACCGGGAGCAGAUCUAUGUGGAUCCAUAUAAUACUUUAUUUCUUAUAGUAAAUAAUUGUAAUCUGGAAUAUUAUUUUCAAACAAUUUAUUCACACGAGAUGAAAUGUCUUGUAUUCUGCACUUCAAAUUAUUCAUCAAGUUUGCAAUGUAAGAUUUCGUAAUUUUCUUCGAAUACGCCUAGCUCGAAAAAAUAUCGGUAUCUUAUCGCUUCAACUUUUGAAAUCAUUCACUUUACAUUAAUUUCCCAUUGCUAGUUUGGUGAAAGCAGUGUCAUAGGUUUCCACAAUUAGGAAGCUUAGAAAAUAGUUUUUCUCAUUCUUUAAUAGAAAUAUAUAUGAAUAGAUGAUUUUUUAUAAAAAUUUAACAGAAUUCUAGUCAUGCAACAAAUCAUAUUUCCAAUAGACAAAUGUAGAAUUAGUCUGAUCCUGUUUCACGUUUGUAAUCAGGUAAAUUCAAUCAAGAUUCCUAUGAUGGUUCCGAAAUUUUAAAUCUUUUGAGGAUAAUUUAGAUGGAUGCUUUGAAGCCAAGAUAAACUUUUUGAAUGACUUUAAUUAACGAGCCCUGGAUACUAGUUAUGAAUCCAUGCGACUAUCUGCAUAUAUUAUUUCAAUAUUAUUCUGUAUAUCUGUAUUGAAAUAUGAAAUAGAAUUAAGAAAGCAUUGUGAUUUUUGUCAUUUGACAGGUAUCAAAACUGAUAAAUAAAAUUACAAUGUUUAUGCUCUGGAA